AUGGCAUGUCUGACUCAGUGUACAGGCUCUCAACUGGAGAGGAGUGGACGGCGUCUAGGGCUAAGCAGAGGCGCAGUGGUGGAGUGUAUCAAUAGAACAAUUCAGUCUUCUCCGCUCACUUCUAAAACCAUGUCUGCUCCAGAUGCUUCUCAGAUCACAUCUGCUCCAGUCACUUCUAAGACCACGUCUGCUCCAGCCACUACAUCUGCUCCAGUCACUACAUCUGCUCCAGUCACUACGUCUGCUCCAGUCACUUCUAAGACCACGUCUGCUCCAGCCACUACAUCUGCUCCAGUCACUACGUCUGCUCCAGUCCCUACGUCUGCUCCAGUCACUUCUAAGACCACGUCUGCUCCAGUCACUACGUCUGCUCCAGUCACUUCUAAGACCACAUCUGCGCCAGUCACUACGUCUGCUCCAGUCACUUCUAAGACCACGUCUGCUCCAGUCACUACGACUGCUCCAUUCACUUCUAAGACCACGUCUGCUCCAGUCACUACGUCUGCUCCAGUCACUUCUAAGACCACGUCUGCUCCAUUCACUACGUCUACUCCAGUCACUACAUCUGCUCCAAUCACUUCUAAGACCACGUCUGCUCCAAUCACUACGUCUGCUCCAGUCACUACAUCUGCUCCAGUCACUACGUCUGCUCCAGUCACUACGUCUGCUCCAGUCACUACGUCUGCUCCAGUCACUACGUCUGCUCCAGUCACUACGUCUGCUCCAGUCACUUCUAAGACCACGUCUGCUCCAGUCACUACGUCUGCUCCAGUCACUACUUCUGCUCCAGUCACUACGUCUGCUCCAGUCACUACAUCUGCUCCAGUCACUCCGUCUGCUCCAGACACUACGUCUGCUCCAGUCACUACAUCUGCUCCAGUCACUACGUCUGCUCCAGUCACUACGUCUGCUCCAGACACUUCGUCUGCUCCAAUCACUUCUAAGACCACGUCUGCUCCAGUCACUACGUCUGCUCUAAUCACUUCUAAGACCACGUCUGCUCCAGUCACUACGUCUGCUCCAAUCACUUCUAAGACCACGUCUGCUCCAGUCACUACGUCUGCUCAAGUCACUACGUCUGCUCCAAUCACUUCUAAGACCACGUCUGCUCCAGUCACUACAUCUGCUCCAGUCACAACGUCUGCUCCAGUCACUAUAUCUGCUCCAGUCACUACGUCUGCUCCAGUCACUACGUCUGCUCCAGUCACUACAUCUGCUCCAGUCACUACGUUUGCCCCAGUCACUACGUCUGCUCCAAUCACUUCUAAGACCACGUCUGCUCCAGUCACUAUGUCUGCUCCAGUCACUACGUCUGCUCCAGUCACUACGUCUGCUCCAGUCACUACGUCUGCUCCAGUCACUACGUCUGCUCCAGUCACUACAUCUGCUCCAGUCACUACGUCUGCUCCAGUCACUACGUCUGCUCCAGACACUACGUCUGCUCCAGUCACUACGUCUGCUCCAGUCACUACGUCUGCUCUCUUCUUCUAA